CUUACAGUUUAAAAAAAAAUUUUAAUGUGAUAACUGCUAUACUGUAGGUAGAGUUUCAGCCACUGCCAACUGAAGUUACAAAUAUGUGACUCUCUACUCACUACCUUCUCAGCAGACCCAGAGAAAUAUGUGGCCCCUGAGCACUCUGAGCAUGAACUGCAUCUCCGACUUCUUCACCUAUGAGACCACCAAGUCGGUGGUUGUGAAGAGCUGGACCAUUGGGAUCAUCAACCGGGCCGUUCAGCUUCUGAUCAUCUCCUACUUCGUGGGGUGGGUUUUCUUGCACGAGAAGGCAUACCAGGUGCGGGACACAGCCAUCGAGUCCUCGGUGGUAACCAAGGUGAAGGGCUUCGGUCGCUAUGCCAACAGAGUCAUGGACGUGUCAGAUUAUGUGACCCCACCCCAGGGCACCUCUGUCUUUGUCAUCAUCACCAAGAUGAUCGUUACUGAAAACCAGAUGCAAGGAUUCUGCCCAGAGAGUGAGGAGAAGUACCGGUGUGUAUCAGACAGCCAGUGCCGGCCCGAGCACUUCCUGGGCGGGGGGAUCCUCACUGGCCACUGCGUGAACCACAGCUCCGGGCUCCGGACCUGUGAGAUCCAGGGCUGGUGCCCCACCGAGGUGGACACGGUAGAAAUGCCUGUCAUGAUGGAAGCUGAGAACUUCACUAUUUUCAUCAAGAACAGCAUCCGCUUCCCCCUCUUCAACUUUGAGAAGGGGAACCUCCUUCCCAACCUGACAGCUGCCGACAUGAAGACGUGCCGCUUCCACCCCAACAAGGACCCCUUCUGCCCCAUCUUGCGAGUGGGGGAUGUGGUCAAGUUCGCGGGGCAGGAUUUUGCCAAAUUGGCCAGCACGGGCGGAGUUCUGGGCAUUAAGAUUGGCUGGGUGUGUGACUUGGACAAGGCCUGGGAUCAGUGCAUCCCCAGAUACUCCUUCACCCGGCUUGACGGCGUUUCUGAAAGGAGCAGCGUCUCCCCAGGCUACAACUUCAGGUUUGCCAAGUACUACAAGAUGGAGAACGGCAGCGAGUACCGCACCCUCCUGAAGGCUUUCGGCAUCCGCUUCGACGUGCUGGUGCAUGGAAACGCUGGCAAGUUCAACAUCAUCCCCACCAUCAUCAGCUCCGUGGCAGCCUUCACCUCCGUGGGAGUGGGGACUGUCCUCUGUGACAUCAUCCUGCUCAACUUCCUCAAGGGGGCCGACCAGUACAAAGCCAGGAAGUUUGAGGAGGUGGAUGGGACCACACUGAAGGUUGCUGCCUCAGCCAACCCCAUGUACCCCGGUGACCAGACCACGGAGGAGAAGCAGUCCACAGACUCAGGGGCCUACUCCAUCAGCCACUAGGGGCUCUUCUCAGGGCCCCAAGCUUACCCUUGGGCUCCAGGACUCCCCACAGGGAACCCAGCCUGGGCAAGGGGAGUGGGGAGGGGAGGGCUCUCAUUUCCACAGUCAGGACCCAGGUGGCCAGUUCCGAGUGCUCCGGCAGAGGGUCGUGCCCCCUGCUGAGACCUCACCUCACUUCCACCCCUUGCCUCACUCUGUUCCCAGGACCCCUGGCCACUGACACCUGAAUCAUCCCCCUCCCAAAGAGCUGAGAUCCUAACAGUAAGGAGGAGUGGCCACAAAGCCCGGCCAGAUGACAGGCACUCUCAGACCCAUCACCUCACAUAAUCCUUCAAGCCAUCCUACAAGGGAGGCGUCAGUCUCCCUGUUUUGAAGAUAAACUGAGGCUCAGGGAGUCUGAGCAAUUAGUUCAGCUCCCCAGGAGCUUAGGCCCCAUUUGAGGGGGACCAGUUAG